GGCGCCGCGCACCUCGAGCACCGGGCAGCGGCGGGCUCCUCGGGGCCGUGCCCCGCGCGGAGCUCCCGGGGGCGCGGGGGACCUCAGGGCCCCGCUCAGACCGGGCGGUACCCCGGCUGCCCGUCAGCUCGGCCGGGGAGGGGGCGCGGGGGUCCCCAGGGGCGCAGGCGAGCGGUCCCCGUGUCCUUAGAGGGGCGUCCCGUGUCCCUGCCCGGGGGUGCUGGGGGGUCCCCGUGUCCCCGCCCGGGGCUCCCCGUGACCGUGCCCCGGCGUUCCGAGGGUUCCCCGUGGCCGUGCUCAGAGCGGGCUACAGGCGCGGUGGGGCUCGGUGCACCGAGGGGGUCCCCGGGGCUCUGCCAGGCCCGCGCUCCGGCAUCCCGACGGAUCCCGGCGCUCCCGUGCCCCCGCCGCGGGCUCCGUGCCGUGCCGCAGCUCCGCUGUGCGGGGCCGGCCCCCCACGCUCAAUGCCGCCUCUGUUCGCCGCUCCGGCUGCUGAAAGGCACAUUGAGACCCUGCGGCAUGGGCAGCCCUGCGAUGGCGGCUGGGGAUCUCUGCCCCGGGAUGGGGGUCUCUGCCCCGGGCUGCAUGGCACGGGCUGAGCACGGCUCCGGUGGCGGCUGCUUGCCGCCCGGGCAGCCCGGAGUGCCCGUCUGCGGGAGCCCGGGGCGCUGCCACGUCCCCUGUGCUGCAGGGAGGGAGGUGGCACCGGGGGGCACUGCUGGCACAGCCCGGGGUGGGCUCACGGUGCUCACGCGUGGAGGGCACGCUGUGGGCCUGGGCAGGGGUGAGGGGGUCCCGUGUGUGCGAGGCUGGGCAGCUCAGGGUGUGUGUCCCCUGGGCACUGCGCUUCCUGCUCAGGUGUCCGCAUCCUGCUUGGGCGGAGCUGCCACGUGUCCCAGUGUCCCUGUGUGGCUUGGGGACGAGCUCACCGCUCAUCAGUGGGGUCGGUUCUCAGGGCCACAAGUGCUGGGCCAGGCUGCUCAACCACUCUGGAGGCAGCAAGGCUCAUCCUUGCCACCCGAGAGGAGCGCUCGUCCUCCCAGGACCCUGUGGGGACGUGGACACUGUGACACGGGGCUCGCCUUGAGCCGGGUGCCUCAGCUCGCUGCCUGAGCUGCGGCGACCAUGGCACAGGUAGAGCUGCCAGGCAGGUCGGGCAGUCCUGCCAACAUGCUGGGGCUCCUGGUGAGGGGGCGCAGAGGGAGCCAGGUUCUGCUCGCCCCCUGUCUGAUGCCAGUCCCGCCCUGCCAUGAGUCUAUGAGCCCCCUGCGGAUCAGCGUGGGUGGCCUGCCCGUGCUCGCGUCCAUGACCAAGGGCGCUGACCCCCGCUUCCGACUGCGCUGGAAGGCCAUCGUGCUGUCCUCGGCCUGCGUGGGGCUUCUGCUCUUGCUGCUCUGCCUGCACCGCUCGUCCCCGGCUCGGCACGGCCCCCCCAGCCCUCGCACGUGGCAGCUGGGCCUGCAGGCGGGGCAGCCCUACAAUGACACCUACCCGCUGUCCCCGCCGCAGAGGAACCCCGAGGGCGUGCGCUACCGCAUCGGCCUCAUCGCCGACCUGGACACGCGCUCGCGGGGCUCCCAGGAGCACACCUGGUUCAGUUACCUGAAGAAGGGCUACCUGGUGCUGUCGGACAGUGGGGACAGAGUGACGGUGGAGUGGGACAAGGAUGAGAGCAUGCUGCAGUCCCACCUGGCUGAGAAGGGCCGGGGCAUGGAGCUCUCGGAGCUGGUGGUUUUCAACGGGAAGCUGUACGCGGUGGACGACCGGACAGGCGUGGUCUACCAGAUCGAGGGCAACAAGGUGGUGCCUUGGGUGAUCCUCCCGGAUGGGGACGGCACCGUGGGCAAAGGCUUCAAGGCGGAGUGGCUGGCGGUGAAGGAUGAGCACCUGUAUGUGGGAGGACUGGGCAAGGAGUGGACCACCACGACAGGGGAAGUGGUGAACGAGAACCCCCAGUGGGUCAAGGUCAUCGGCUACAAGGGUGACGUGAGCCACGAGAACUGGGUGACAAAUUACAACGCGCUGAGGGCUGCAGCGGGGAUCCGGCCCCCAGGGUACCUGAUCCACGAGUCGGCCUCGUGGAGCGACACGCUGCAGCGCUGGUUCUUCCUGCCGCGCCGCGCCAGCCACGAGCGCUACAGUGAGCGCGCGGACGAGCGGCGCGGCACCAACCUGCUGCUCAGCUCCACCCAGGACUUCGGCCACGUCACCGUGGGCCGCGUGGGCGACGUGGUGCCCACCCACGGCUUCUCCUCCUUCAAGUUCAUCCCGGACACGGACGACCAGAUCAUCGUGGCGCUGAAAUCCGAGGAGGACAACGGCAAGAUCUCCAGCUACAUCAUGGCCUUCACGCUGGACGGGCGCUUCCUCCUGCCCGAGACCAGGAUCGGCAGUGUGAAGUACGAGGGCAUCGAGUUUAUUUGACAGACAUCUGGAGCGAGUGGAGGCGUGUGGGCAGGCCCUGCUAGCCUGCUCCUAGCCCGGGGUCCGUGAGGGAUGUCAGGCAGCUCUGUCCUCGGCCCUGGGCUCUCCUGUAAAGUGUUGACUGAGCUGCAGCAGGUGUGGUGCAAGUGUUUCGGCAGUGGCACCUGGUGGCAAGGGACCGCCACCACAGGGUGCUCCCGGCCCCGGGACAGCGUCCAGGUCCUGGAGUGCUGGUGCCAAGGCAGGCCCCAGUGCAGCCCUUAGCGCCCAGCCCUGAAUUGCGACAGAACCGUCCGUGCUCUGGGGUUGCUGCUGAGCCCCAGCUCUACAGCUGUGCCCUGGGUGCCAUGGGGCUCCCCGGGUGGAGUGGGGUGUGCAGCCAGAGAGGGUCAGACUGGGGGAUUUCAUCAGGCUUUUUCUUCAGAAGCUGGAUUUCCUUCCCUUUUCCCGUAAGCCGGGUGAGGUGAUGGCUGGGGUGACAGGCAGCCUGUUUCUCACUUGGGAGGGGACAGUGUCUGUGUCCCUCUGCUCCUGUGACCACAGGGGAUGCAGCAGUUCCCUCAGCACUGUGGUUCCAGCUCAGUGGCUGUGCCUAUGGGGCAGGGGGUGUGGGUGAUGGGGCCACCAGCUGUGGCCAGAUGUAAAGUGGGCCCAUCCUGGUGCCGUUCCCAGGGGUGUGCUGGCUGGCUGUCUUCUCCAAAACCUGGCUGCACAUGGCUCUGACCCCAGAAAUGCUUCCAGCCCCAGAAGUGUCAGCUCUGGGAAGAGCUGAGCGCUGGGCAGGAGCUGCGGGGAGCUGGCGACAGUGCAGCCACGCUGUGCAAGGGCUGCUGUGCUCGGUGCAGGAGCAGAGCCAGGAGCUGCAGCUCUGCUUCCCAGAGCCAGGAGCUGCAGCUCUGCCUCCCAGAGCCAGCAGCAGCUGAGGAGCGUUCGCAGCAGCCCAGGGCUCUGGCCAGGGAGCCCUCCCCGCGCUCGCCAGUGUUGUGAAACUGCUGCCGCAGCCUGUGGCCCCCAGGAGGAACUUGUGUGGUUUCAGAAGCCACAAGUGUCAAAGGGGCAUCUGCUGGCCCCAGGGCCCUCCUGACCUCCUCACCAAGGGGCUGAGGCUCCUGGGCUGCCCACGCUGACCUGGCUCAGGCCUGCCCUGCCCCAGGUCACAAGGCAGCAUAUCCUCACCCCAGGACCGCUGUUUGGCUCUGCGGUGUCCCCGCUUUGGUCCCCUUUAACACUGCCCCUAGGGCAGGUCUGCCAGCAAGUCGGGCUUCAGAGAGCUGGGCCUGGCCACUGUGGCCUGGGGGGCCCUGGUGCCCCCUGUGUCCCUCUGCUGUGCCCUGGCACUGCCCUGCUCUGGGGUCCAGCUGUGCACAGGGAGGGAGGGGGCCUGUUGGGGCAGCAGUCAGGCUGUGGCUGGGUGGAAGGAUCUGCAGAGUGGUUGGGGCCCUCCCAAGAACCCAGCCAGGCUGCUCCCCCCACCCUGUUUACAGUGUCAGCACCUCUGUGAGCCAUGCAGAGCUACAGGCCAGACAUGUGUUUUCAUUUAGCCCAGUGACUCGGCCAGUGCUGGGCUGAGCUUGUCUCUAGACAGGACCUGUCCCCAGUGCUGCAGACACGCCGGGCUUUGGCCCCUGCACGUGGCCUGGGCAUCGUGCAGCUCCUGGCCCAGGGCACCCAGGAUGCCUUUGCAGCCCAUGCUGGGUGCCAGCUGGCCACGGUCCAUGACGGCCACUCAACCAUCACUGGCACGUGGCAGUCCCUCCUGGCCUCACUCACCCUCCCAGCCCGGCACCAGCAGCUCCACAGCACCUGUUGUGGCCCCAGGGCUGUGCCGGUGGCUGUCCCUGCUCCUGGUCCCUCCUUGUCCCCUGGGCUGGAGCACCCCUGAGCCCCUGCCCCGGGCUCUGCGCUGUCCUCAGAGCUGCAGCACCAGGGCCUCGGGCAGCUGGGCCAGCAGGACUCUGCUGCUGCUGCUGCUGCUGGAGCCUCUGCACACCGAGGGCCCCACAGUGCAGCUGGCAGCCUGGGGCCCCAUCUCCAGGUGUCAUCCAGCAUCCCAGCGCUGUCAGUGCUGUCACCUCCCUCAUGUUCCCUGCAGGCUCAGGCAGCGCUUGGGCCAGGUGCAGCUGCCCAGUUCUGCUGUUUCUUCUCGCCCUGGAGGCUGAGCAUCUCUGUUACCUCCCUCCACCUCAUGUAUCCACGGCAGUGCUGUGCAAGAGGCUGGCUCAGGAGCGUGUUUUGUGGCUGUGGUGGUGGCUGUCCUGCCAACACGUGCCCAUGGCACCUGGCCCAGCUGUGCUCGAAGCUGUGGCCCUGCCUGCUCCACUGGGACAAAGGCACUGCUGGGGACGUGGAGCACUCUCAGCAGCCAGCCAGGCACAGCGGCAGCAGCAGCAUCCUGACACCCCCGUGGUGACACAGCGAGUGGGUUUGGACUGGGCUAGAGUCUGUUUUUCCCAUAUUAGAUGGUGUAGGGCAGUGUUUUGGAUUUGUGCUGGGAACAGUGUUGAUAACAGGGAUGUUUUCAUUACUGCUGAGCAGCAUUUGCACAGCUUGAGGCCUGUUCUCUUCAUCCCACCAGCGAGGGGCUGGGGGGCACAAGGAGUCGGGAGGGGAACAGAACAGCUGACCCACGGGAGAUUCCACACUCUGGAAUCAUACUCGGUGUACGGAGCCGGGGGAAGAAGGAGGAAGGGGGGGGACAUUCGGAGUGACGGUUUUUGUCUUCCCAAAUCACCAUCAGGUGCUGGAGCCCAGCUGCCCUGGGGAUGGCUCAGCACCUGCCUGCCAUGGGGAAGGCUGAAAGAAUUCCCUGCUUUGCUUUGCUUA